CAGUAUCGCCCAGCUCUGCUGUCCUGGGACGCCGCUCUCUCUCUCUCUCUCUCUCUCUCAAUGCCUAAAACGAAGCAUCGAGUCCAUCAUCCCCAGACCCCCUAAACUUAUCUGAGGAAGCCUCGAAAGCACCGAAAAUGCGGUGUUUUCUUUCGUUGUUAUUGGCCGUAGCCUCCUUACUGUUGCCGGUAUCGGUAGUAUACAGUGGAUUGCCGAGGAGUUUUCUGUCUCUUGAACGGGUUAUUCCUCUUGGCCAUCAAGUGGAACUGGAAGUACUCAGAGCACGUGACAGAGCCAGGCAUGCUCGAAUCUUGAAAGGCGCGGUAGGCGGUGUAGUCGACUUCUCAGUCGAAGGGACCUCCGAUCCUUACUCCAUUGGGUACGGGCUGUACUUUACGAAAGUGAAGCUGGGCUCUCCUCCAAGAGAAUUCAGAGUCCAGAUUGAUACUGGAAGUGACAUAUUGUGGGUUGCUUGCAAUGCGUGCAGUGAUUGCCCUCGAUCUAGUGACCUGGGUAUUGAGCUCAAUUUCUUUGAUACAGCCAGCUCAUCCACGGCCAUGCAAGUUUCCUGCUCUGACCGAAUUUGUACUUCUACGUUACAAAGUUCUGGAACUGAAUGCUCCCCUCAGAUUAAUCAGUGCAGCUACACUUUCCAGUAUGGAGAUGGAAGCGGGACAUCAGGUUAUUACGUAUCUGAUCUGAUGCAUUUUGACAUGAUGCUGGGACAAUCUAUGAUUGCCAACUCUUCAGCUAAUGUGGUUUUCGGGUGUAGCACCUAUCAAUCAGGAGAAUUGACGAAGUCGGAUAAAGCCGUUGAUGGAAUAUUUGGGUUUGGCCCUGGUGCUUUAUCUGUUAUCUCACAAUUGUCAUCACGAGGUGUCACACCCGGGGUCUUCUCUCAUUGCCUAAAAGGAGAAGGCAGUGGAGGAGGCAUAUUAGUUCUUGGUGAGAUUUUGGAGCCAAGUAUUGUUUAUAGCCCACUUGUCCCAUCACAGCCCCAUUACAAUUUAAAUCUUCAGAGCAUUGCUGUCAAUGGACAACCCCUUCCCAUUGAUUCAGCUGUGUUUGCAACAUUUAACAACCAAGGAACUAUAAUUGAUUCUGGUACAACAUUGGCAUACUUUGUUCAAGAAGCAUAUGAUCCUCUUAUUAAUUCUAUCACUGCUGCUGUGUCACAAUCAGCAAAUCCCAUUAUUUCAAAAGGAUACCAAUGUUAUCUGGUCUCAAGCAGCAUAGGUGAUAUAUUUCCCCUAGUCAGUUUAAAUUUUGCAGGCGGGGCAUCCAUGGUUUUAAAACCCGAACAGUACCUUAUUCGUUAUGGUUUCCUUGAUGGUUCUGCAAUGUGGUGUAGUGGUUUCCAGAAGGCACAAGAAGGGGUUACAAUUUUGGGAGAUGUUGUCCUAAAAGAUAAGAUUUUUGUCUAUGACUUGGCUCAUCAACGAAUUGGGUGGACAAACUAUGAUUGCUCCUUGUCUGUAAAUGUUUCCCUGACCACGAGCAAGGAUGAGUACAUCAAUGGAAGAAAGCGGAGCGCAAGUAGCUCACAGAUGGAUACUCUCACCAAUUUGCUACCUGUUAGUAUCGGCAUUCUUAUCGCGUACAUACUAGUUUUCAUGGAGUCGUGAUGUUGAUCCCACAUUCAAGAGCUCAUUCUUUUUUCACUGACCUUUGAAAGUUACGCUGGGUUGGCUGAUCUUUUAUUGAUUGUCGGCUUCCCCUUCUGUUGUGUAUUUAUCAUAUUCCACUUCGGCUUGGCAUGCUCGCUAACGGGAGCAUCUUCCAUUCUUCUAACGAAAAUCCGGAUCUUCCAUUGUAAAUGACUAGAGGGGCUCUGUCGAGGAUGAGAACUUCCAAAGUUGCAUAUUAUCCCUGGAGUAGAUAAAUUUGUACUGUUUCUGUAGUCCAUAUGUGAUUCAUUGUGAGGGCUGAGAGCAAUUUAAUGUGAUUUAGUACUGGCCAUAGGAUACACAAGGUAUAUAGGAAUCUCGUGUGCUGAUGUUAUCAUGGAUAAUGUUCUGGAUAGUUAAUUACAAAAUGGAUAAGUUGUCUGUUGAGCGACACUGAUCA